UAUUAGCAUAUGGAGAAAGGGAAUCUCGUGUGACCUAGCUCUGUGCAAAUAUGCAAAAUAGAAUAAUAAAUAUUUUCUUGAAUGAAAUAUAUUGUUCAAAAGAAUAUUAUCUGGACAGAUCAAAGGUUUUAGUCAGGCAGGCAUGUAUACUCCGUGCGUCUGGGUGCAAAACAUAAACUGCUGUUUAGAGUCCUUGUUUGAAGCCAUAUCUUUACUGGUAAGCGCCCCCACUCCCAUCCCUACUGUCCCCUUCCUGUCUUGUUUUCUUACAUCAAACCAGCAAGGCAUCUUACCGGAUUCCUCUCGAGGGAAUGCAAUUGUGAUCCAUGAACUAGCUAUUGCAUACUGCCUGCAGUCACUAUGUGCCCACGAAGCCAAUCAUGGCGGCAAGGUAAUCCUUGAUGAUGCUAGGAGUGUUGUUAGGUUGUGGUCGAAGAUGGGUACUUUGCAUCAUUGUUCUCCUGGUGUGGUCUUUCAACAGCCAUCAGAAACCCUUGUACCACUUCUUUGUUCUCUCGUUGAUUUGCUGGCGAUGAAGGGCUGCUUUGAGCUUCAGUUUGAGCAGUGCAAGCUUAUCAUAAUGAUAUGGAAGCAAGAAAACUUACCCCUAGAAAAGUUAUUCUCCAUGUUAUUUAUCAAUGGACGCCUUAAUCAUGCAUGUUGUCAUCUCCCAAUGGACCAGAAAUUUGUUUCUUAUGUGGCACAGAAUCUUGGUGUUGAUUGCCACAGUAUGAUAUUUUGGAGAAACUGUUUCAAAGAAGAUUACCCUUCUCUUACUAUCUUGCUUCAGCGGUUGUGGCCAGUUGAUUUCUUUUCUCAAUCAUCUGGACACUCCUUUGGAAAUCAGUUAGGUUUUAAUGCUAGUGUUGAUGAGAUUCAUAAAGUUGCAUCAUCUCUGGUUUCUGAAGGUCCUUUGAGUAAUCAAUCAACCUAUUUGGCUGGCUGUAUAUACUAUGAUUUGUCAGAAAGACUUCUGUCAAGAGGACAAAUCUCCAGGCCAUUUCAUAUGGAACAGAAGCCCUCCAAUUGCGCAAGAAGCUCCUGAAAAAGAAGUUCAAAUUUAAUUUGGGCAAAUUUGUAAGCGGGCAACACUGGUGCGCGUCGGUCCUAAACAAACGGUUUUUUUACCCCUGUCCGUCACGGCAUUUGGAACCGUCAUCAAGUGA